GAGGCCGUGUGGGGCCCGGGCGGCGACAGCAGCAGCCUGGCAGAGUCCGAGGCCCCGCCGUGGUGGGGAGAGGACUCGGGGACGGACGCCCCGGAGGACGACAUGUCGGGGGGCUGGGGAGGCUCCUCGGCCCGGGGCUCUGUCAGCGGCGGCGGAGGGGGGUUAAGCCGCGAGCUGUGCCGUACCUUUGGCCACUACAACCGGCACUUGGCGCGACUGCAACACAACCUGCGCGACACCAAGAAUUUCUUCCGCGACAUCAAAUACUCCCAAGGGCUGGCCGCGUUCCCCAGCCCCGGCGCUGGGCCUGCCGGGGAGGAGCCGCCUCGACUUCAGCCCGCCCCCUCGGCCCUUGAGAGCGCCCCUUGCGGCGGGGGUGCCUCCCUGCAAGCCGGGCAGCUGAGCUCAAUUUCCUUUCCCCGACAUGAGGAGGAGUACCUUCAGCUGACAGUAAACUGUCGCCCAUGCCUUUUAAUCCUUGGUCAGAACUGUAAUGCCAAAUGCCAGUUGCUGAACAUGCUCUUGGGAGAGAGACUGCUUCCCACCAACAAAGUUAGCAGUGAGGAGAACUGUAAAAGACGUCGAAUUCGUUUCAGAUAUGGAAGACAGACACGGAUUAGUUUGGCUCUACCAGGACAGUAUGAACUGGUUCAUAAUUUGGUAGCACACCAAGGUAGAUGGGAGACAAUACCCGAGGAAGACUUAGAAAUCCAUGGGGAUAAUGAGGAUCUAGCACACCAAAUUGCGGAACUUGAGGUGACACUGAAUCACACAUUAUUACAGGAGGUGGACAUUGUGGUAGCUCCAUGUUGGGGAUUCCAAUCGGCAGAGAUCACCUUGGGGGAAUACAUGAACCAUGUCCUUCCAGUCAUCACCUUUGCCAUUAGUGAUGCAGAACUCUCUGCCCUGGAUAUGAGUGAACUGCAGGAGAUUAAAGAGAAAUUCUCUCCACCUGUCUUUUUUAUUAAAGUACCAGUUUGGGGAGCUGAACUAAUAACCCCUGAAGAGACGGAGAAUGAAAAGUCCUUACUUUAUCAGCAGCUGCUAGACUUAGACUACCUUAGUACCAACCACUGCACCUGUGGAGCUUCCAGCUUUGAUGCCAAAGCCGAGAGCAUGCUGGUAGAACAAUCGGAUAAGAUCCGCCUGCUUAGCACUUUCUCUAGGCAGGUGUUGCAGAAGCAUUUGGUAGAUGCAGCCACAAUUUUGAAUAUAGUACACUGCCGUUGUCUGGACAUAUUCAUUAACCAGGCCUUUGACAUGCAACGAGACUUGCAGAUCACUCCAAAGCGGCUAGACUAUACACGGAAGAAAGAGAACGAGCUGUAUGAAUCUCUGAUGAACAUAGCCAACCGUAAGCAAGAAGAGAUGAAGGACAUGAUAAUUGAAACACUCAAUAAUAUGAAAGAAGAGCUGCUGGAAGAUGCUGCUAAUAUGGAAUUCAAAGAUAUUAUCAUUCCUGAGAAUGGAGAGCCAAUUAGUUCCAGAGACAUUAAAUGUUGCAUUAAACAAAUCCAGGAAUUGAUAAUUUCACGACUAAAUCAAGCAGUUGCUAAUAAGCUGAUCAGUUCUGUGGACUAUCUGCGUGAGAGUUUUGUAGGCACUCUGGAAAGAUGUCUGAAGAGCCUGGAGAAAUCUCAGCAAGAUGUUUCGGUGCAUAUUACAAGCAACUUUCUAAAACAGAUACUGAAUGCAGCAUACCAUGUUGAAGUCACAUUUCACUCAGGUUCAACAGUAACAAGAAUGUUGUGGGAACAGAUCAAGCAGAUAAUACAACGGAUUACAUGGGUAAGCCCACCAGCUAUCACCACAGAGUGGAAGAAGAAGGUAGCCCAGGAUGCCAUCGAGAGUCUUAGUGCAUCCAAAUUGGCCAAGAGCAUCUGCAGCCAGUUCCGGACAAGGCUUAACAGUUCUCAUGAAGCUUUUGCUGCUUCCUUGCGACAGCUAGAAGCUGGCCACUCAGGCAGGCUGGAGAAAACAGAAGAUCUUUGGCUGAAAGUUCGAAAAGACCAUGCCCCCCGGCUUGCACGGCUGUCAUUGGAAAGCAGGUCCUUGCAGGAUGUUUUGUUAUAUGGUAAACCAAAGCUAGGCCGUGAGCUGGGCCGAGGGCAAUAUGGAGUAGUGUAUUUGUGCAAUGCCUGGGGGGGCCACUUCCCGUGUGCACUCAAGUCUGUGGUUCCACCAGAUGAGAAGCACUGGAAUGAUCUUGCCCUUGAGUUUCACUACAUGAGGUCUUUGCCAAAGCAUGAGCGGCUAGUAGACCUCCAUGGAUCGGUGAUAGAUUAUGGGUAUGGGGCAGGUUCCAACAUUGCUGUUCUACUGAUAAUGGAACAGUUGCACAGAGACCUCUAUACAGGACUGAAGGCUGGCUUGGAAUUGGAGACAAGGCUGCAGAUUGCCUUGGAUGUAGUUGAAGGGAUUCGGUUUCUUCAUAGCCAAGGGUUGGUCCACAGAGACAUCAAACUGAAAAAUGUAUUGCUUGACAAACACAACCGAGCUAAGAUCACAGACCUGGGAUUUUGCAAGCCUGAAGCAAUGAUGUCUGGUAGUAUUGUUGGAACCCCUAUCCAUAUGGCUCCUGAGCUUUUCACAGGCAAAUACGAUAACUCAGUGGAUGUAUAUGCAUUUGGUAUCUUGUUCUGGUACAUCUGUUCAGGACAUGUGAAGUUACCAGAGGCAUUCGAGAAAUGUGCGAGUAAGGACCACCUAUGGAACAAUGUGCGAAGAGGAGUUCGCCCUGAACGUCUUUCUGUCUUUGAUGAAGAAUGUUGGCAGCUUAUGGAAGCCAGUUGGGAUGGAGACCCAUCUCAGCGCCCACUUCUUGGUAUAGUCCAACCCAUGUUGCAGGGCAUCAUGGACAGACUUUGCAAGUCAAACUCUGAGCAGUUAAGCAAAGGAUUAGAUGAUUCUACUUGAAAAUAAUCCACAGGGGAGCUGUUCUGUUGCAUGAGAACUCCGAUUUCCCACCUUGUCAAUAGCAACUCAAGGUGUAGCUCAUUUGGAGAGCCCAACCAGAAAUUGCACUGUAGGGUGAGAGGAUAUCGGAAAUUCCAUCUCGUAUAGCAGCCAGGAACAUUCCACUCCAGUAUACACUACUAAUGCAAGUUUCCAGUGCCCCCCCCCAUUUUUUUAUAAAGCUAAUGAAACUCUGGGGAAUUCAGACCUGAAAGGGAUUUUGAUUACCCAUAAAGGAAAAUAUGCUGUGUAUCAGUAGACUGGCAGCUAGCACAGUUGGAACUUCUGAGAAUUCUCUUCUCCAUCUACAGUCUGAUACAACAGCUUCCCUGAAGGUCAUACAUGAAUGUGGAUGAACAGAAGAAAUAAGGGUGGAUGACGGCUAACAACAGAGUAUGGACUGAGAGGCAUGGAUUUAAUAAUUUCACAGAAUACUUGGUAUGUUUACAUGGAGGGAUCAGAGCAUCCAUAUUCUUCUUAAGGGGAAGGCUCCACUGCAAUGGAAGUACCUUAACAGUAUAAGCUAUCUGUUUGUCUUGUCAGCCAAGCUCUCUUCUGAAAUGCUUAAUAGUAGUUCUUGGAAAACAUGAACAAAGAUGGCCUUUUUAUUUUUUUGCAAUCUGACAGUGAGAUGGGUACAUCACCAAAAGAUUUUACACCUAUAAAGAUAGAAACACAUGUUGCUAGCCAACUAAUCAUGGUCUGUACCCAGCAAACAGCUUAGUAGGUCAUGUUUUUAACUACAGUGAUUUUCUUGUUUUGAAUUAAGUGUAAAGGUAAUGGCUGUUUUAAACUCUGCUCUAAUAUUAACGGAUGUUUUAAAGAUUAGUUCAGCUGUGUAUUUUAUGUCAUUUCCUUGAAGAGGACUCAAGAGAAACCUGUUGCCAUUCCACAGGUUAUGCAUGGUGGUUAUAUCUCUCCAUCAUUUACUUCCUUGGGGUUUGUCAAUUGGCUGUGUUAAUCUAGGCAUUCAUUGCAGGGAGCAUUUGGAAAAGGAAGUCCAAAGACUUUUGAAAUGGGCUCCUUAUGAAUUUUACACAUCCCUGACUCAGUUCUUGCAUGAGCACGCAUGUGUAAAUGCAAGACUUAGUUUCUUGUUGCAGCAAUAUUUUAAGACAAGUGUUAGGUUGAAAUGUAGAAUACAUCUGAUAUGGUUGAAGAAAGGGACCAAUUGCCAAUGUUAUGGGAUGUAUAUUAGUUCCAUCUUCAUGUGAUAAUCUAGGGUGUGCUGAGCAAAACUAAUCUGUCUUGCAACAUACAAUAUUUUCCUUCUGGAGUUUACUCAGUAGUAGAAAGCAGAUAUGCAGCUUUGACCUGUUUACAUCAGCAGAAACCACUAUACGAAAGAAACCCUGCAGUGUUACUUAGCAGCCUAGAUGAGUCCUUUUUGUGCGUGCAAUAAAGUUAAAAUCAUGAUUUUAAAAUGAUUGCUUUUUACUUAAUGGGCAUUCAUUGUUAUGUGGUGGUCUAAACUGUAUAGGUACCUCCAUCCACAAACUGUAGCAUCUAUCAACUUGAACAGCUGCCAGUCAUGCUCACAGAAAAAGAACAUCUAUUCUCAAAUAAGAAGUCCUAGGAACAGCAUUGCUAUGUAUAUCUGGGCCACUGUUCCCACCACUUAACAGUAUUACUCAUUUUCAUAUCCAUUUUCUCUGUGUUACGGUGGCUAGUAACCUUGUUUAGAAUUAGGAGGGGCUAGGUCAGUAUUUUGAAAGAAUAGAAAUAGUUCAUGUAAAAUAAAAUAAACUGUAUUUGAAAGUGUCUUGCAUAGCUUUUCCCAAGUAGCUACUUCCUUGUUCUUUACCCUGUGCAUUUUAAAUACUGAUUCAGAGUACUGUCUCAGUUUCACUGGGGCUGUCUUUUCUUACAUGUACAGAAUAGGUCCCUUGCAACUUCCUUACACAAUGCAUAGCUGCACUUGAGUCACAUUUUUAAUUCUGGAGUAAAUUUCACAGCCUCUGACAUGCCCCCACAUUAAGACACAGAGUUUGGUUAGCCUUAUUUCAUAUUGGCAGUGCUAUAGGUAUGUUUCUGUGUUACAUCUUGUAAUGAAAAUGGACACUAAAUGUUUUCACAGCUACAGCUAUAAGAGUAAACUGAAGUGGGGCUAAUAGGGAUGAUGGAAGAAAUGGCUGUCUCCUGUAUGGAAGUGGUCCAGUGAUGAGCAUAGAGCAGCAGUCAUUCCCGUUAUAUUACAAGAGUCUUUACAAAAGCAGUAAUUGAAGGGGCUCUGUCAAAGGCAUAGCAGUCCUUUUGGAAAGCCAUUGUUGUGCCCAUGUGUAGCUUGAUAUAUUGUGCACGCACUGCAAAUUACCUCUUCUUCCACCCCACAUAAGUUUACUGGAAUCUAAGUCUUCACCACCCACAUUGUUGUAGGAAUCAGAAGAAAAUUGUGUUUACUGAACUGUACUUAAGCAAGGUUUACAUGUUGCCACAAACUUGAUGGCUAAAGCAGGUGCUUUGAAAGAUGGUUUCCCUAGUGAGCUGGAAUCCUGAUAAAUCAAACUAGUUUACAAAGCAAGUAGACCUGGAAAGAUGAGAGUGGAGAGGGAUCAAAGUAUUCAUGCUGGUGCUAGUAGCUGAUGGUUCAAAGAUGGAGCUGUUCAAAGCUGACCUAUUACCUGAAAACUUUGAUUUCUGCUUUGGAAGAUUCAGCCAUUUACACUCCAUAAAACACUACAUAAGAGUUGCAUGAGCUAAAGCAUGGCUUGAUGGCAAUUUCAGACUGCACUGCUGGAGUGCUACCCUUGGCUUACUGUUGCCUACCAUGUUACUGUCUAGUGAACAAGAUGGUGGAAAGCUUUUAUUGGGCAACUGACAAUUGUUUUUGUCCAUCUUAACUACUUAGGAGGGUUUACUGAUUAUACAAUGCAAGUUUUUCUAGCUUGUCUAAUUAAAAAGCAAGCUAUUCUAUUUAUCUUUUUAUAGCACUUUUGUUAUAUUAGUCCUUCAAACUCCUCAUUCCUCCAGGAGUGUUUAGGGGGACACUUGAAUGUUGGCUCUUACAGGGUGACAGACUUUAAAAGAAGCAGCAGCCUUACUUAACAAGGUUCUUUGUCAUGCUCCUUUUCCUUUUAAGAAAUGUACAUAAGCUUUGUCUGUACAGGUGUAGCUGGAGAUCUUACCUUGUUCUUAUUUUGAAAAAUCUUAAUUUUUUUGUCUCCAGGACAAGAACAAGAGCACAUCCGCAUUUGAAACUCCUGUUUAUUUGGGCGGAGGGGGGGGAUAGCACUGCGUUUCUUAAAACUGUUAACACUUCCUUCAUUUUGUCUGGUUCUGUUAAACUGAUGGUCAACUGUUACAUUUGGCUAUUGAGGAAAAGAGAAAUAUGAUAGAACAGCUGUACAGCUCCAUUGUAAUGCCUAUAGAUUUUGUACUACUUUUUAAUUUUUUAAAAAACUGAUGUAUAUUAGAAUUAAAGGAAAAGAUAACAAACUUAACUGUAUAGGAAAAAUACAAUAACAUGGAAAACAACAUGAUUAAGAACAACUGCUUCUCUUCUACAAUACUAAUUUCCUUUCAACUGCCACCCUUCCCCACCAUUACAUGUAUUUUAAGAGACGUGACUGUGGGUCAAGACUUCAUUUAGUGCCAUAAUGAAAGUAUGUUUUAAUAGACAGAAUACACAAGUGCUGUGCUGUAUAAUAAAAAUUGUAUUAAUGUUU